AUGCCCUCCGACGCUACGGCCUCAGCGCGGAGAGCGAGCUCGUUGGAGUCAGCGUGCUGCCGAGACACAAUCGAGAGCCGCUGGCGACGAACAGGCGGCGGUGAAUAUUUAAAGUGCUCCGGUCCACAUGGUGUGGCCGGAGUCGUGCAGGCCUGCCGUGCUCCUCUCCUUUCUCCCCUGUUCUCCCGCGUCCUCGAGUUGCUCAGGCGCUCCGUUCAGGUCCAUUCUGGUGGUUGCCCGCCAGUCCCAAAUAUAGCUUUGUCUGAUGGGGCCUCGGCCGCGGCAGUAGCCACGACGGAAAGCAGUUGGAGCGUGAGGCAGUCAGGAUCUCACCGUGAUGCUGGUUCUGUCGCAGUCGCACUCAAGAGCUACGGCGAGGCAAAGCAGUGGAUCGCAGCGCUAGAACUUUUCCGAGAUGCGGUGCUUUCGCGCACGCAAGUCUGCUCAAUCCUGUACAACACCGCUAUCGGCGCUUGUGGAAGAGGUAUGCGAUGGCGGCAUGCGCUCUCCGUACUCGGGGAGAUGCGGGAUGCCUCGGUGGAGCCGAACGUAUUCUGCUGCAGUGCUGGAAUCAGCGCAUGCGAGAAGGGCAGGCAGUGGCAACAGGCUCUGUCGCUGUUAUACGAGAUGCCGAAAACGAAGGUGGAACCAAACGUUCUCUGCUACAAUGCUGGGAUCAGUGCGUGCGAGAAAGGCGGGCAGUGGCAGCAAGCGUUGUUGCUGCUAAGCGAGCUCUUUGACGUGAGGCUGGAGCCGGACGUUGUCAGCUACUGUGCUGGAAUCAGUGCGUGCGAGAAAGGAGGGCAGUGGAAGCAGGCGCUGGCGUUGCUGAGUGCCGUGUGGGAAGCGAGGCUUGAGCCGGGUGUCAUCGUCUACAGUGCUGGAGUCAGCGCGUGUGCGAAGUGCGGACAGUGGCAACGGUCGGUAUCAUUGAUGGUUGAAAUGUGGGGAGCGAAGGUGGAGCCAGACGUCUUAGCUACAAUGCUGGAAUCACCGCGUGCGAGAAAGGCGGGCAGUGGAAGCAGGCGCUAUCGUUGCUGA